AGAUAGGUGUGUGUUAUUCCUCUUCUGCCUCGUAAUCAUGGCUCUACCGGCUCCCACUCCAGCCCCAAGUGGCACACAAUUUGCCUCUCCUGUUCCGAUCAUCGGCCCUCAGUAUUGUGCUCCUUACCCGGUAGAUCUUUCAAUUGUCCGAAAGGUCCUCACCAUUUCCGACGGCAACUUCGUUGUCACAGACGUCAACGGCACUGUCAUUUUUAAAGUCAAAGGAAAAAUUCUAACCCUUCAUGACCGUCGAGUCCUACUUGAUGGUGCCGGAAAUCCCGUUGUCACUCUUCGAGAGAAGAUCAUGAGUGCCCAUGAUAGAUGGCAAGCUUUUAGGGGUGAGAGCGUGGAGGAAAGUGAUCUAAUUUUUAGCGUUAAGCGAAGUUCAAUCCUCCAACUGAAGGCCAAGUUACAUGUGUUCUUGGCAAAUAACACAAAGGAAGAUGUUUGUGACUUCAAGGUUGAAGGAAGUUGGUCUGAAAGAUCUUGCGUCAUUUAUGCUGGAGAAUCUUCCUCAAUAAUUGCCCAGAUGCAUAAGAAGGAAACUGUCAAAAGUAUUUUGAUCGGAAAGGACAACUUCAGCGUGACUAUUUAUCCCAACGUUGAUUAUGCAUUCAUAGUUGCCCUUGUGGUGAUCCUUGAUGGGAUUAACAACGACGACGUUGAAUGAGAUGAUUUCAAAUUGCGAGUAGCAGGAGGUUUUGAUGCAUGUGUUUGGCUUGGUCUACUCUGCUAUGUUCACCACGAUUGCAAACCACCUAUUUUUACUUAAAUAAUGUGGUUUGUACUUGGUUGAAUAUCAUAAUAUGUUAUCCUUCUUUUGUGAAAUAAGCAAGUUGUUUGCAGUAGAAAUU